UUGAGGAGAGCGCGGCCGGAGAGCAGAGCUCUGGGACCCAGGUGACCGGGAAAGCAGGCAGCCCCAGCGGCGGGAGCAGCCGGCAGCAGCCCAGGCCCGGGGACCGGGGUGGGGGUGGGAGGGGGGCUGAGGGGAGGACCUGAAGGGGGGCGGCAGGGCAAAAGGGACCCCUGGAGCCCUGCCGCCAUCAGAGAUCAAGCAUCUGGCAUCAGGGAUCUUCGGACCCAGCAGAAGGAUCCGUCACAGGGGAGGUGUCCUCCCAGGGAAGCCUACGAGAGAUUCACCUGCUCCACAUCAGGAGUGGGCCCCCCUCACUGACGCUGCUGGCAACCAUAGGAGGCCCCUUAACCCCUCAUUCUUCUCCCCAUCACCCUCCUCAGGCCCUUUCCCCGCCUCCAGCUCUCAUCUCAACUCCCAGUUCCCAGCCCUCUAAGCCCCAGCACCCUCGGCUACCACCUCACCCUCCAGGUCUUGGCCAUACUCACCCCCAUCCUGGGACAUCUGCCAGAUCUCUGGGAGGGAGAUCGUUUGUUUGGGCGAUGCCCCCUGGUGGCAUGACAGCGUCUGCCUAGACCCCUGACCCCUAGCACUCAACUCCCUGGGCCUCCUUUGUGUGAAGAGCCGCCCCUCUGCUCAGCAGCGUGGUUGGGGGCCAAAGGGAAAGCCAGCCCCGGCUGGGCCCCCAGGCCCCACCACUUAUCUCCUUGCUGGGCAGCUCCCCUUGGCCUUUGGGUCUCUCCCUGCUCCCCUCGGCCCCUCCUCCUGGGCCGCCUCAAUGAAGGAGCCGGAUGCCAUCAAGCUGUUUGUGGGGCAGAUCCCGAGGCAUCUGGAGGAGAAGGACCUGAAGCCCAUCUUCGAACAGUUUGGUCGGAUCUUUGAGCUGACUGUCAUCAAGGACAAGUACACCGGGCUGCACAAGGGAUGUGCCUUCCUGACAUACUGUGCCCGGGAUUCAGCCCUGAAGGCCCAGAGCGCCCUGCACGAACAGAAGACGCUUCCAGGGAUGAACAGGCCGAUCCAGGUCAAGCCAGCCGACAGCGAGAGCCGAGGAGAAGACCGGAAGCUCUUUGUGGGGAUGCUAGGGAAGCAGCAGACAGAUGAGGACGUCCGGAAGAUGUUUGAGCCCUUCGGGACCAUCGAUGAGUGCACUGUGCUCCGGGGGCCAGAUGGCACCAGCAAAGGCUGCGCCUUCGUGAAGUUCCAGACCCAUGCUGAGGCCCAGGCGGCCAUCAACACCCUUCACAGCAGCCGGACCCUGCCAGGUGCCUCGUCCAGCCUGGUGGUGAAGUUUGCUGACACUGAGAAGGAGCGAGGUCUCCGCCGCAUGCAGCAGGUGGCCACCCAGUUGGGCAUGUUCAGCCCCAUUGCCCUCCAGUUUGGAGCCUACAGCGCCUACACCCAGGCCCUGAUGCAGCAGCAGGCGGCCCUGGUAGCGGCUCACAGUGCCUACCUCAGCCCCAUGGCCACCAUGGCUGCUGUGCAGAUGCAGCACAUGGCUGCCAUCAAUGCCAAUGGCCUCAUCGCCACCCCCAUCACCCCAUCCUCAGGAACCAGCACCCCUCCUGCCAUCGCUGCCACGCCUGUCUCUGCUAUUCCGGCUGCCCUGGGCGUCAACGGCUACAGCCCGGUGCCCACCCAGCCCACUGGGCAGCCUGCCCCUGAUGCUCUGUAUCCCAACGGGGUUCACCCCUACCCAGCCCAGAGCCCCGCGGCCCCCGUGGAUCCCCUGCAGCAGGCCUACGCGGGGAUGCAGCACUACACAGCAGCCUACCCAGCAGCCUACAGCCUGGUUGCACCUGCGUUCCCGCAGCCUCCAGCCCUGGUCGCCCAGCAGCCCCCACCACCGCCUCAACAGCAGCAGCAGCAGCAGCAGCAGCAGCAACAGCAGCAGCAAAGAGAAGGCCCUGAUGGCUGCAACAUCUUCAUCUACCACCUGCCCCAGGAGUUCACUGACUCAGAGAUCCUCCAGAUGUUUGUCCCCUUUGGCCAUGUCAUCUCAGCCAAAGUCUUUGUUGACCGGGCCACCAAUCAGAGCAAAUGUUUUGGCUUUGUGAGUUUCGACAAUCCGGCCAGUGCCCAGGCUGCCAUCCAGGCCAUGAAUGGCUUCCAGAUUGGCAUGAAGCGCCUCAAAGUCCAGCUAAAGCGGCCUAAGGAUGCCAACCGGCCCUACUGAGGGCCCCCAGGUCUGGAGAUCCCAGAGGAAGGGGCGCCUCACACCCUCUUCCCACGACUGGCCCCGGCCCUCUCCGCACACCUGCCCUGGGCCUUGACUGGGUUCUGGGGCAAACGCUGCUUCGUGGCCCCAGGGGGCACAAGACACUGGCCCCUCCCACCCCCCUGCCUCUCUGAAGGGCCGUGGCUGUGCUUCCCUGGCUCCAAGGGCCCAUUUCCUCCUAGAUGCCCUUCUGGCCUUUGUGAGGGAGCGAGGAACAGGCUCGAA